AUGACGACAUCCGUGAAUGCAAAUCGUCGUUUAUUGGAAAGUGUUCGUGAUGAACCAAAGAAAAUGCUGCUUCCCAUAUCUGGCUAUGAGAAAGUCAAUGUUAAAACUCUUGAUGAAGCUUGUGAUCCGAUAAAGCAUAUGUUCGAUGAAACGUUACAACAAUAUAUUACUAUAGCCAAAAUGAAUUCAACCGAACCCGAGGAUGGGCUCAAUCCACAUGAAUCAGCAGCCAUCCAUCUAUAUACUAUAGAAUGGGAUGUACAUGAAAACAGUCUUUACAUGAUUUUAAAUCGAACUCUUCGUCUGGCUGAUCGUACAAAACUUCAGCCGUGGUUCAAACGUAGCCAAGACACACUUGUUUGGCGUGGUGUACGUGAAGAUCUUAGUGGUCUUUACCCAAAGGGCAAGGAAUUCACUUGGUGGGCAUUCAGUUCGUGCACUGCUUCAAUGAGUGCCCUUGAAUCACCAAAUUAUUUGGGAAAAUCAGGUGCAAGAACAAUGUUCUCCAUUCAAACCAGCAGUGGAAAAGAUAUCCGUGCUCAUUCAUAUUUUGAAAACGAAGAUGAAAUUCUUCUUCCUCCGGGUAUUUAUCUUAAAGUUAUUGAUAGCUUGGAUCCAGCUGAAGAUUUACAUAUUAUCCAACUCCGUGAAAUUUCGCCACCAUAUCAAAUGAUUGCUGAACCUUUUGAUCUUACUCAACUAAAGCAAACUUUACCACAACCAAAACCAAUCGUAAGCAAAGAGCAAGACAUCUAUCCAUCAUUCAAUGUUACACCAAAACCAUCUGUACAAGCACUUUCAAAAAAUGGCAAGUUACCUUUAUUUUCUUGA